AACAAGUAAAACUCGUAGUUUCCACCGUAAGUUCUAGGUAAGAACAGAUCGACUGAAAGCAGCAGCCUGGGCAAUAGUUUUUUUUGUUGACUCGUUGAUCAGUUUACCAGUAAAAGUUGUCAUUCUACUCCCUCCGUUUGCACCUAUCUUUCUUGAUUCCUUCACAUAGCGAUUUACCCAGACGCUAGUCAAUUUCAGAUCUCAUCGGCUGGCAAAUUUCAAGCUGCGAGAAGGGAAGAUUCAUAGGGAGAGUUGACAUUUGACAAGGCAUUCAGUGUUGAUUAAUCAAGAAAUCCUCAGAAAAAGAUUAUGUGAGUUAGCCAGAAAUUUUGGAUUUUCGAUCCAUAAUAAAGUUCUGUUAAAAGGUUGCAUAGAAUUUUAUAGAUUAGUUUGUUGGUAAAUCAAGGUAGUUGUUUCUGACUUUCCACGAACAAUUAAAAAUGUCUCAGACAAGAGCAGACUGUGUCACUGUUAACAUUGAUAAUAUGCUUAAUAGCUUGUCUUCUGCACCUUCAAAGUCGUCAAUGUUUAGAGUUAGCGAUCAUUUACGCAGCAUAAAUCCAGAGGCUUAUAAUCCAGAAAUAAUAGCUAUUGGUCCAUUUCACAGCGAUAAAAAGAACUUGCAGAACAUGGAGCAGCACAAAGUCUGGUAUCUAAAGUUGCUUCUGGAAAGAAGAAAAGAGUCGAGUGUAGAAAGAUGCGUUGCCACUAUAAGACAGUUAGAAGAGAAGGCGCGGAAAUGUUAUGCAGAAGACAUCCAACUUGAUGAAGAUGAAUUCGUGCAAAUGCUGAUUCUUGAUGGUUGUUUUAUCAUCGAAUUUCUCCAUAAGUUUCAACACACAGAAUGUAGAGAUGAAGAUGACCUCAUUUUCCAGUAUGGGCAUAUACAAAUCCAAUUGCUUCUUGAUCUAAUGGUAUUUGAGAAUCAGAUUCCAUUUUUCAUCAUUCAUUGUUUGUUCAACAUGAUCAAGAUCAGUGAUGGGGACAACAUCAAUUAUCUAAUAUCGCCUUUACUACAAAAUGGGAUUUUCCCGGUGCAUGAUCUUCCAGAAGUCCCUAUUCAUGGUCACCAUCUUCUAGGCAUUGUACAUGACAUCCAGUGUUCUUCAUUUGCGAAAAUAUUAUCUCAUUUGCAAUCUGGAAAUACAGAUAACAUGGCGAAUGUAAAUUCAGCUGUUGAGCUUAAAGAGGCAGGGAUUUCCUUCAAAAAGUCGGAAGAUAUUAGUUCAUUUCAUAUUGAAUUCAAUAAAAAGGCAAUGAUCAUUCCAGAAUGGGAAAUUUCUGAUUCAACAGAAUCAUUGUUCCGAAAUCUGAUGGCAUAUGAGUACUACCUCACAGGCAGUCCUCAAAAAUAUGUGACCGACUAUGUAUUCUUUAUGCAUUGUCUCGUCCAUUCCCCUGAAGAUGCAAAACUUCUGCGCCGUUGCGGAAUUAUUAGCAACUUUUUGGGGAGCGAUGAAAUGGUUUUUCAUGUAAUUCACAAGCUAGGCAAGAAUAUCAUAAUUUCUGAUGAGUUUUCGUAUUCUAAUAUUUUCAAAAUUGUGAACCAUCAUUGUGGCCGCAGAAGGAAUAGAUGGACGGCAGUAUUAAGGCAAAAAUAUUUCAACAGUCCAUGGGCACUCAUUUCAGUCUUUGCUGCUAUUACCUUGCUUGUGCUUGCCAUCAUACAGGCUACGUUUGCUAUUCUCUCGUAUUGCAAUGAUCUCAAGAUGGGGAUCUGAUUCUAAGUAUUUGAAGCUAGCAACAAUGUAUGGUAACUCCAAUUACUAUGAACUUCAAGGAUGACACAGAGCCUAGAAUAUCUUGAAUUAUAAUAGUGUUUGAAUUUAUACUAUGGCCAGUACAUUGAAUGAAUGCUCAAAAAUCAAGAUUCAGCCACCUUCUACUGAGUUUUAGUGUAAGCAGCAGUGCUAAACCAGGUUUCUCUUUAGUUGUUCUAAGCAGAUCUUGAAUGUUUGCGUUUAUUCUUUCUUUGCUCUUAGUUUCAUAUAUGUUUUCUAGGAUAGUGUCUUAUGGAUUAUAUUCACUGAGCCAUUGAGCUUUAGACACUAUAGUUCUGUACUGUACAGGAUUAAGUGAUAGUUCGAGUUAAAUCA